CGUCUCUCAUUUUGACUCAUUAGAUGGAAAUCUAGUCUAGACUUAGACUCUUAGACUCUACAGUCACAGUGUCUACACUGACUACACUCUUAACUCUACUCUUAGACGUCUUAGUGACUCUAGUGACUAGUCUCUAGACCUAGAACAGGGGAGGGCAAAUUAUGGAACGUGGGCCACAUGCAGUCCGCCGGGGUGUUUUAUGCGGCCCGCCGACACCUACAGAAAACAGUUUGUAAACUAUGCCACGGGAAAUCAAGACACCAAAAAGAUACCAGACUGAACCAGAUCAAGGAGAAUAUAUUAGAACUGGAAAAAGAGGUAGACCAAGGCUUUUAAAAAAUGCCAGUAAAUAUGAAGUUGCAGCUGCUAAAAAGGCAACCCAGGAAGCAACUGCUAAAAAAACUCUCUCUGAAGGAGCUACUAAAAAGACACCUUCUGAGGUGGCGAAUAAAAAAGCACCCCCUGAGCCUAUAAUUCAUUUAGAUGAUGAUUCGGAUGUUGAAAUAGUGGAUCAACCUUCACCACCAUCCAAGAAGAAGAAAAUUGAUGAGGAUCCUGAUUGGGGAUAUGAAAAAAAGUCUAGUGCAGCACGAUCUAAAACUAAAAAUAGAGAAAAGGCAAUUAAAAUAUCUGCAACAGCUUCGACGCCUGCAUUGGUGACAGAACCGGUGAAAAAAGCAGAAGUCCCGAAGAUCCCAGUGACAACUGUAGUAAAAAAGUCGCAACCAGCAACCCCAUCCUCCUUUGUUGAGCUUUUCAUGGAAUGCAAGGAUGAACCCCUUAGCCAAGCACAGAUUGUGUCUGCCCAAAAAGAGCAAGCCUUUUACGACAUGUCUCAGACUCUUGUGAAAGCUGCUCGCGAAGGCAGGCUUAUCUUCCCCCCAGGGGGCGGAGCUCAAAUUCUUGAUAAACCUUUUGCCAUGGUACUAGCUCCACAAACUCCUUUGUCACCAUAUAUAUUAUCUAUGCCAACACCAGCCAAUAUGCCUCCUCAGCUGAACUUUAGCAAACAGAUUCAAUUAAUGUCACCUGGCAACAACACACAGUUGUCAGUCAUAAUAACACAGGGUCCUAUAAUCACAUUACCUUCUUUUGAAGUGCCCUGCUUAAUGCCCAUCAGCCAAUCUUCUUUGCUUGGCUCCAAAUUUCAGAUGCAGAUGCUUUCUUCUGGGAACAAUAAUAGUCUUAUUGUAAACAAGAAGCCUCUGCCUUUGAAAAUAUCCCAAGUCAUGGGUAAUGUUCAAGGAUUUGAUGUCUCUAGCAGCAUGAAUUCUGAAGUCAAGACCUGCUUUGAAGAUAAUGACAAGCUUGUGCCUUUGAAAAUAUCUGAAAUCUCUGACAGUGUGAAUAUUACAAACAAGAUACAGAAAGCUGGAGUUGGUGUGCGAAAGAGAAAAAAAGCCAAGGGAAAAGCCCUAAAAUCUGAUAGCGCUAACCUGACCAGAUUGAACAACAGCAGGAAAGUAGCGUCAUCAUCUACGUCAGUUCAACAAAUCAAGGUGCCCCUUACCAGGUCUAGAGGUAGCAUCUCCCAGAGUUAUAAAAAGAACAAUGGAAAAAAACAAGAGAUAGCUCAGAAAAAGAAACAUGUCAGGACAAAGCCGAAAUCAACUUUGAGUCUCACAAAAAUGAAAAUCAGAUCAUCUUCCACCAAGCAAGAAUUGCGUUGGCUAAGAGGAAGAACAAGCCAGUUUGAAAAAUAUGCUGCCUUCAUGGAAAAGAAAGUUAAGCGACGGAAGGAGAAAGACAUCAUAAAGAGAUUAAUAGAGGAAAGGGCCAGGAAAAGUGAAGAGAAUGUAGAGGAAGAGCAGAUGGAGACUUUUAAGACCACAGAGUUUUUAAUAGAAUAUGGGAUCAAAGGUCGUCCAAAAAAAAUCAUGAUAGAGGGAGAGACAGACAGUAUUGAGAGUGUGGUGGAAUCUUUCACAGAAAAAAGGUCAAGGGGCCGUUCAGAAGAGAUUGAUACAAGCUGGACUGAGAGUGCAGAUGAGUCUUUCACAGAGAAAAGGUCCAAGGGCCGUCCAAAGAAAGUGAUAGAAAUAGAGACAAACACAACUGAAAAUGAGGAGGAGUCUUUCAUAGAAAAAAGGUCUAGAGGCCGGUGGAAGAAUGUUAGUGAAGAUAUAGAGACAGGCUCAACUGUGGUUGCGGAGGAGACUUCCAUCAAGAAAAGGUCUAAAGGCCGCCCAAAGAAAGUGACAGUGUUGAGACAGAAGGAGAAAAUAAUUAAGAGAUUGAGAAAGACUAAGUCCACAGGAGAUCUCAAGAAAGUCCCAUGGGACACGGGGAAGACAAUAAAAGAUAGUGAACAAUUUUUGAAAGAGAAAUUGGCAAAUGGUUGUUUAAAAAACCUAUAUGUAGAGCUAAAUAAAUUAGAGACAUCAGCAACUCAGAGUGUCGAUGAGGCAUUCAGUGGGAAAAUGCCCAAAGGCUGUCCUAAAAAGGCCAACUUUGAGAAAGAUACCACUGCAAAUGAUAAGAUUUUGAAUGAGAAUUUGGCUAAAGGUUGUCUGAAGAAAGCUUAUGUAGAGAUAGAGAAAUUAGUGAUGGAGAAUGUAGAAGAGUUUAUGAUAGAGGAAAUUAUGGAAGAAUCCAAGACAGACCCUGUUCAGAAAGCAAAGAACUGUUUGAAUGGAGUAAUGGAAGAGGUAGACCAAGGCACCACACUAAGGGAAAGAAAGUUUUUUUAUGAGAAAAUACCAUCAAAAAUAAUAGAAGAAUCUGGGGUUAGCACCACUAAAGAGGGAAAGUGCAGUUUGAUAGAGAAUGAAGCUGUGGAAAAGAGAAAAAAAGUCUCCUCUAAAAGGGAAAAAAAGUUUUUCUAUGAUAAAUUUAUGGAAGAAUCAAAGGUAGGCAUCAAUAAUAAAGGAGAGAACAGUUUAACAGAGAAGGAAGCUAUGGAAGACAGCGGCAUCACUGAAAGGGAAAGGAAGUUUUUUCAUAAGAAAAUACCAUGUGAUCAUCCCGAGAGAGUUGAGAGUUCAGACCGUCCUGCAUCUCCUGAUCUGGUUAUAGUAGGGGAAACACCUCCCAGGGUGCCAGGUUCUGCCAGCGGAUAUACACGAGCAUUUUCACCUAAGCAAAGUCCAGAUUCUUACAACCAAAGCUCUGUACCCAUAACUGGUGGAUCUCAGUUUGAGGCCUACAAAUCUAACAUGGUGAUUCCAAGAUCUAUGACGUCAGUACAGCUGAAGGCCCAGUCUGAAGCUCUCACUAAGUUAAGGCAACAAAUGCAACAGGACGCUCAGGCCAAGUCUGACUCAGAGCCAUCUAAAAAGAGAGCUAAGAAGAUUGCUCAACUUGAAGGGGAUGAAACAGGGAACUGGGUACCUCUGGAUGAGUACUAUUAUGGGAAGACUGAAGGGGAUCCUACCUACAUAGAACCAAAAGGUGAACUCAGGUUCAAGUGUUGGUAUUGCAGCAAAAUGUUGUACAACAAUGUAGCAGCCAUGAUGCACAUUCAAGGGCAUAUAGAUGCUGAGCGGCAGGUCAAUCUGGACCUGAGUGACCUGACACAGUGCAAACAUUGCUACAAGCAGUUUGACACACCGUUUGAGAUGCAGACUCAUAUUGAGAAAGUGCACAUGAAUGGUGCCAAUGUAUUGCUGUGCCGAAUAUGUGAGAAGGAUCAUGAUAGCCGCAAUGCCUUGACAGACCACAUGAAGAGAAACCAUAAUGCCUGUGAGAUGCCUUACAUUUGUCAGCUGUGCAAAUUUAGGUCAUCCAUGUACAGUGAUGUUGUUGAUCAUUUUAAAAAGAAACACAACAGUUCUGAAUCUAUGCUGUGUCUGUACUGUCUUAGAGUCUAUCAGAUCCGCUUCGUGAGCCAAGGCUGGGGACAGACCUCUAGUUAUUACAACCAUCUCAUGAAGCAUCAAAUCAAAAACAGCUGCAAAAAGUGCACUCACUGUAAGUUGAUAUUCCUCAACUCACACGAGUUGAAAAUGCAUAGAAAAACUGACCAUUUGCCAAAUCAGAAGGGUGUCAUAGGGAUCAAUGCCAAGUAUACCACACCCCACCAGGUAAUGAUCAAAGUAACUGAGAAAUCUGACCAGCCUGGCAGUGUCAAAUCCUUGAACGUGCCAGCAGUCAAGAAAAUUCUAGACCACAAACUGAGUUUCCCAGCCAAUGUUUACAGGGUGAAGUGUAUUGAAUGUAAAAUGUUGAUGGGAAUACCCGACCACUAUAAGAAGUUCAUCCAGUGCUCAAUGUGUAGAUUUGCCACCAGCUGCUCCUUUGCUUAUGCUCAUCACAUGAUGGGUUUCCAUUCUGGCCAGCUGACAGCAGCUGCAUCCCAUACACCUACAGAGGCUAAGCUGCAGGACACUCUCUACUGUGCUUGUGGAUUUCAGAGCAGCUAUGGAAAUAGAAUAGCCAAUCAUCUAGUAGCAUGCUCCAAGAGAUCUUGUUCAAAAGACAUGCCACCGCCAUCUCAAUCUGGAGAAUAUGGUCAAGAACUACAAGACCCUAGGAAGAAACCUGAUGCCUCACUACUUGAUGUUCUGGGUCUAGUGAAGAAAGAUUCAUUGCCAGCUCCCUCAUCCAGGCUACGUCAUGAGUCACCCCCUCCAGAGCCAGUUGACAUGCCAGAAGUGUCAGCCCUAGAGAUUUUACCUCGCAGACCAUCACUGCUCAAAGGCUCCACAAAGAAGCCAUCUCAGAAUAGUUCUAAGGGAGAAAAGGAUGAGACUGACCUUAAGAAUGACUCGUCAGUUGAUGACAAUUCUCUGAAUGUCAGUUCUUUAGACCAGGAGGAGAAAAAGAGUGACUUAGAUGACACCAUGGCUGUAACAGAUCAGUCAAAACUAGAUGACACCAUGCCAAUUACAGAUGAGUCAAAAUUAGAUGAUACUACAUCAAUUACAGAUCAGUCAAAACUAGAUGACUCCAUGGCUGUAACAGAUUCAAAACUAGAUGAUACUACACCAUUUACAGAUCAGUCAAAUUUAGAAGACAUUAUGCCAAUCACUGAUCAGUCAAAAUUAGAUGACACAACCCCUGUAUCUGAUCAGUCAAAAUUAGAUGAUACUACACCAUCUACAGAUCAGUGCAAAUUAGAUGACACUACACCUGAUACAGAUCUGUCCAAAUUAGACGACACACCAUUUACAGAUGAGUCCAAAUUAGAUGACACUACACCUGUAUCAGAUCAGUCCAAAUUAGUUGGCACUACCCCUGUAUCAGAUCAGUCCAAAUUAGAUGACACUACCGCUAUAUCAGAUCAGUCCAAAUUAGAUGAUACUACCCCUGUAUCAGAUCAGUCCAAAUUAGAUGACACUACCCCUAUAUCAGAUCAGUCCAAAUUAUAUGACACUAUAUCAGAUCAGUCUGUAUUAAAAGGUAGUGCAGCUGAGGACAAGAUAGAAUUGAACUUGAACAAGACUGUUGAUGAUACACAGAGUCUUGGAGAUUCUGAUUUGCCAGGAACAGUUAAUAGUGAAUUGCUGUUGUGUGAAAGCCAAUCGUGUUCAGCCACUGAAAAUGUAGAUGAUUCUGAACCAGCACCUGUUAAGCCCGAAUCAAACGACAAAUCAUAUGCUGGAGAAGUGAAUAUUGAAGACACUGAAAAUGUACUUGAAAACAGCACAGUUAGACGAAGUGAAGAUGGAAAUAGUGUUAAUAGUAUGGAUGAAAUGAAAAACAAUGAACAAGAUAGAUCUGAUGAUGUUUCAGAAGGGGAAACUUAUGUUGAACAGACCAGUGAUAGUUUAAGCACAAAACAGGAUGAGCCAAGCUCCGAGUCAAGUUCAGUUCUGGAAGCUGUUAGCACUGUUGAAAAAAUGGUAGCUGAGGUGGUGUCGGAAACAGCUAGCACAAUAGACACUGAGAUGAAAGACAGUGACACUACCAGGGAAUGUGAAGAUCCAUCCAUGGUGCAGCCUUUUGCUAAGGAUGAAACUAUUUUCACCAGGGGACUAAAAAGUGGUAGCAGGGCUGCCCUAGUUUUAGGAGCCAAUUCAAAUGAUGAGGACAGCAAAAUCAUUGAUCUGGAAAAAAAUAUUUCUAGCAGCGAUGAUAGCCCGUCCUGUGAUUUUAAAGGACUGUUUUCUGAUGAGGCAGCUAUGGAAGAGAAGGAGUCAGUUGUGGAAGAAGGUGAUCAAUCAAGGGUCACUUUUGACUUGGAGGAGUCUUCAGAGUCUCGUCUGUCUGAGCCAUUUCAGGCUCCUUCUAGUGUCCUUCUUAGAAGUGAUCACUUGGGAGCUGGGAUGUUCUCUCUAGAGGAAGGAAGUAGUGAUGCCAGGGACUGGAGUGAUCGAACUCAGGUGGUGACAACGUUCAUGACUGAGGACAACAGCAAUGUUGCCCAGCUUGUUGGUGACAUCAACAUUGAAUCCCCAGUAGAAAUUGAGAAUACGGCUCCUAUUGGAUAUAGCUCAACUAUGGUUAGUAAGUCAGAGGACGAAAGACUAAGUAAGGAAAAUGUCAAGGCAUGUGAAGAGGAAGAAGGAAUGAACAUAGGAGUGAGUGAGUGUUCACUUGAUGCUGCUUCCGACAAUGUUGGCCUACCUGUAACUUCUGUACCCACUCCUAUUGGUUCAGACAUGUCAGCAGCAUUGCUUGAAUCCAACUCUAGUAUUUCAGCAUUUUCUUCACAAUUGGGUGACCAGCAGGCUGAUUCUGUUGCAGAUGAAUCUAUUGAUCUACUUGAAACAUCAGAACCUGUAAUGCCAUCACAAGCUGAAGAUGGUGGUUUGGAUCAACCUGAACCAACUAGAACUGAGGCUGAUAUCUUAGAAGCAUUGGAGGGUCCAGAUGAAAAACUUUACCCUGUUGAUAUACCUUUUACAGAACAGCUGGAACCUCAAGACUCAAAUGUACCUGAAUCAUUUUUAGUAUCUCAAGCUGAAAGAGAUGAGACUAGUUUACAUGAACCUUGUGGAACUAGCACAUCUAAUAUAUGUAAUACUUCUGAGGAAUCAUGUGUAAAGGAAUCACCUCAUGUAUCCAAAACGUUAUCAGAAAACCAUCCAAGUGACUUGUCUGUGUGUGAAACUGUUGAAAUGAAUCUUUCAGUCCCAGCAUUUACAGAAGAUAAGCAAGAAAAGCCAAUUUUGUCUCAAUCAUCUUCACAUCUUGGCUCAGAUGUUCGAGCCUCGAAGGAAACACAACCUGCAACAUCUACGAACCAGGAUUACGACCGCCGCAGGGAUAGAUCAAGGUCCAGGUCUCGUGACCGCCACAGGGAACGUCGGUCACAUUCUAGGGAUGCUGACCGUGAUAGAUACAGGCAUCGUGAGGACAGAGACCGCUACGAUCGAGAUAGGGACAGGGAGCGUUACAGAGACAGAAGUCGUGACAGAGAUAGGUACAGGCAUCGUAGCAGGGACAGGGACUCUGGACGCAGCAGGGACAGCAGAGACUAUGGUCGCAGCAGAGAUAGGGACCGAAGCAGAGACAGAGAUUCUGGGCGCUACCGAGAUAGAGAUGACUAUAGAAAAAAAUAUGAUGAUCGCAGAUACCGUUAAAGCUCCUAUAUUCUCAAGAUAGUUAAAGAAAUUCUAGAAGCAGUUGUUAGCUUGGCUCAGACUGUAUUCUCGUAUGCUAACAAUAUUUUAAUAGUGUCAUGACCAGUGAGAAAAGCUACUUGUAUUUGACAAAAAAAAAGUUGUGCAGAAUUUUCCCCAGCAUGUAUGAUAUUGUUGUAAUCAUCUUGUUGACAAUUUCUUAAUCAUUGUAUCACUGUGACUUUGUUUUGAAAGAGAUAAGCUUUUUUAUUCAUGAUAUUAUGAAAGGUAAUUAAUUGUUGAGCAAAAUACAAAGGGGGGGGGGAACACUAUUUCAAUGAGACAGCAUGUUUUUGUUUUAUGGUCUCUCUGCUUCACAUUACUCUAACUGGCUUGUGCUUAGUGUAAUGGGAGGGAAGGGUUAGGCAUGUUGACUUGUUGAUCUCAUGAUACAGUCUAUGGGAAGUUGGAGGAUCAUUGAACAUUUUCAAAAGUUUUGAUUAAUAACACUGCUUUUAAUUAUUGAGUUCCAAGUUUUACAUUUUGUUUUAUGCUUUAGCAUUUACAAUAUGCAGGUAAAUUACGUAGAGAAUAUAUACAUAUUGUAAGUUAGUGAGGAAUAUUUAGUGUUAUUAGAAACUAUAUCUUGUAGCUCAUUCAUUGCCAUGGUGACUGAGAGAGUUGAAAGAAUCGUUCCUAGUUUUGUUUUGUUUAGUCUGAGUCAUAAGACCGUCAAUGUUUUUCAAAGGCUACUUGGCAGUCAUGUAACAAAGAGAACCAAUGAGUUUACUCCUAUUUCAUUUACAACAGUAUUAAAAUCCCAAUGUUAGUAGCUAGAGAGAAAAAGUUCUCUUUUCUAAACCCUACAAUCAGGAAUGUGAAAUUUGUUUCUUUACAAGAAAUGCUAUACAUGUAACAUUAAUGUUCAUACUUACUUUACAUUUAAUUGUUUUGUAUUAUUCAAAUUGUUUAGUGGCUUAUUUGCAAAAAACUAUAUAUAUAUAUAUUGUUUGUUAAGUUUUUUUUUUUUUUUUUUUUUUUUACAAAUGUUUGUGACAUUUAGUACCAUUUGUAUGGUGCUAGAGAAGCUCAUAUUUCUUUGUUAUCUCAAUGAGUUUGUUGAAUCGUUUGAUGCUACCAUGUUGUGUUGUCACAUUUCUCACAUUAUGUUAAUGUGCUCUGAUAGCUUUCACUACAUUGUCUUAUUUCUGCACAUUGGACUGACAAGCUGUAUCCAUAGAAUAGUCUUACAACUUCUAACAAUGUUUUGAGAAAAAGCAAUGUGUGGCAGGCUUUAAUUGCAUAAGCCAGGAUAAUUAGCGUAAUUUUUAUUUCUUAUUUCUAAGGAACAGCUAUCAUUUAAUGACAGCUUUACAUGGAUUAGUAAAGGCAGGAAGAGAGAUUAGAAUAUUACAUAUUAACUACAAAUGUGAAGUUUAAUAUGAAAGGCUAAGUGAGGUAGUUUUUGUAGUUUCUUGUGGUCAGUGGGUAAGGAGUUGUUAUAUGGUCAAGAGGGCAGCUUUCUGCAAAUCUCCAAAUGACAGUGACACUAAAAAGUUAUCCUUGUCACUCCAUGAAGAUGUUGGUGUUACUGAGACACUGUACUUAUAUACUCUGCUACUUCUAGUUGAUGAAAAACAUGUACAAGCCUCAGCAUUUUACAGGCAGUUAAAAAAACAAAAACUUGCACAAACUGGACUUUGAUUUUAUUUUCUACCAUUGGUUGUAUUCUUUUCUAUUUCAGUUUUUUUUUUUUUUUUUUACAGUUGUUCAAAAAUGUGUCACAUUUAUAUUUGAAUACAUUGUAAAUAACACAUCCUCAUCUAGAUCUGUGUUCUAUAAUAUCACCUUCUGUAUAGUGUUUGUUGUAGUUGAGGCACAUGUAUACUUUGGGCAAUGUUUUAGACUUGUCUCCACCUGCCUUGUUUAGAGGUGCUGUUAGAGUUCUAUUUAUAAAGUAGUUUGAACUUUCUUUUUGUUUGUUGUUGAUCUCUUUGAAAGUCGUGCACAUGAAAGAAAUGAAGUGAGAAAAAAAAAAAAAAAAGAAAGCUUGAUGAAUGUUGUUGAUUAUCUAAUUUUAUGAAAGAUAUUGACUACAUGCUUAUCUGUUUGUAAAUAAAACUACGGGCUGGUGAUGUUGAUCUGACACACUUCCUGGUGUGCAUUUCUUCAUGCACUUGACAGAAUGUCAAAUGUGUUAUGUGCCCAGCCUUAAGGGUGAAAGAGCUCAUUGGUUUAGUUUAAAAAUCUCACAAACUUGUCUUUAUUUGUACCCUUCAUUCCUCUGUGUGAUAGCUCUGUUACAAAAUUUUCCUUGCCACAAUGUCAAAGUGGUAAAGUUAUGAUUCAUCUUUUUAAAAAAAAAACAUACAUUAAUGACUCUACAUGUUCGUAUAUUCCAACUGCACUAUAAAAUAUAA